AUGGCGCCCGUCGCGCGCGCGCCGCCCGUCGCGGUGACGCCGCGACGCCGCGUCGCGUGCGCUGGAACGCGAGCUCGGGACUCGAGCGACGCCGUCGGCGACGUCGCCCGCCGCGCGUGUUUGCUGUUCGCCCCGUCCGUCGCCGCGGCGCUGGGACGCCGCGCGGCUUUCGCGGACGAAGCGUCGGUGAAAAUAGUGCGCGACGUCGCGGGAUUCGGCGCCAAGGAGGCGACGAGCAAGAGCUUGGUGUUGGUCAAGUACGAGGGCACGCUGGCGAGCGACGGCGCGGUGUUCGACACCACCCUGGGCGGGCGAGUGUACGCGACGAGCUCCUCGGGCGUGGGCUCGGUGAGCAUAGCGCCCGCGGCGGCGAGACCGGUGGUCGUCAAUCUGAGCUCGGACGCCCCGGUGCCCGGGGUGCCCGAGGGCUUGCGCUUGGGCAUACGCGGCAUGCGCGUCGGCGGUACGAGAACGUUCGAGGUGCCGCCCGAGUUGGGAUUCGGGUCGGCGGCGGCGCGGUCGCCGUACGCGACGAUUCCCGCGAACAGCGCGUUGAAAUACGAAGUGACGCUGUUGCGUCUCAGCGACACCGGACCGGACGCGUUGUACGCCGGCAUCUCGCGAUGCGGUCUCGGCGGCGCGUCGCAGAUGAGCGACGGGUGCGCGAGCGUCGAGCCCAUGGAAUAG